AUGCUCUACAAGAAAAAGUGUUGCACUCCUACAUGUUGGUUGGAUCCGGGAGAAAAACAGUUUACGAGCACAGAGAUGAUGCAUAUUACUGAUGAUAAAGUGAAGAUAGCUCAUGAUCCUUUGCAUGUGGUGAGAGAAAGGAAAAAGAAGUACUCAAUGAAAAAGCACCGACUGAAUACCUUCACGGUGGGCAAGAAAGUAAUGUUGAAAGUCUCACCUUGGAAGGGGAUCAUUCGCUUCAGCAAGCAAGACACGUUAGGACCCCGUUCCAUUGGUCCACUUGUGGUGUUGGAGCUGAUCGGUAGUCAGGCCUACAUUUUGGAGUUACCACCAGACAUAGAGGGGAGCCAUGAUGUGUUCCAUGUUUUGUACUUGCAUAAGUGUUUAGCCGAAGAGCCAAGCAUAUUACCUAUGGAUGAGUUGCGAGUUGAUGAAUCGAAGAGUUUGGUGGAGGAAAUUGAGACAAUCUUGGAACAUGAGACUAAGCAGUUAUGUAAGAAGAUGGUUGAACUUGUAAAAAUCUUGUGGAAGAAAAAACAUGAAGUUGAUAUAACUUGGGAGCUCGGGGAUGAUAUGAUGGCUCGUUAUCCUCACUUGUUCAUUCCAGUUUCUAAUUCUGAGACGAAAUCCUAUUAA